AUGUCGUCCAAAAAGGCGAACACGAAGGUCUUCUCCUCACUUGAAGAAGACGAAAUUUCCAAAUUACUAUUAGAAUCGACGGAUGAUGAGGAGCAAUAUCCUUCAGAUCACGAAUUCACGGUCGAACGAAUUUUGGCCCAAAAAUCGGAAGACGGUCAACAGCUGUAUCUGAUUAGGUGGGCGGGAUUUCCAGAGGAAGAAUCAUCUGUAAAUACUCAUCAUAUCAAAACUCAUCCUGAGUAUACUGCUAAUAUUUACAUCUCACAGUGGGAGCCGAGAAGGAACAUAUUGGGCAAACCCAUUCUUGAUGCUUGGAAAUCACGACAAUCUCGUGAACUUGAGGGCUUGGAUACACCAUAUGACACCAGAAAACUCGAAGCUCUAAAAAGGAGGGUCGAGGAUGGUAAAUUACGACGUCGUCGUUUGCGACGUGAAAAGAGGAAGCGCCAGGGUAUAGUUGUCUCUCCUCACGACUCGGAUGCAGAUGCUGGCGAAGAAGAGUCUACAGUUCUACGUCAAAAUGUUGGCUCACCUACACCCGAUGGUAAAAGGAAUCCUGAAAGACAGCAGCAAGUUCAAGCUACGAAAAAACCUGAGGGACCUGUACAAAAUGACUCGGACUUAUCGUCUGAUGAACCGCUGUUUGUCAAUCAACAACAAACGGCAAAAUUGGAUGCCUCAUCUUCUAAAACUGCCCCCCGACCAGAGGAGGAAUCACAGAAGCAAGCUGCUUCAAAGCCAAGAGCCGCUGAUACCCUGGAGAUAGCAGCCGCCAAGAAGUCUACAUCCUCUAGAGGUACACCAAAAAUUCGAGGAGGAGGUGCCAUGCGCGGAGGUUCUUCUCUAUACUCACAAAAUGUAUUCAUCAGUGGUAAAGCUCCCAGAAAACAAAAAGCCAGUUUGAUUGAAGCUGCUGCAGAUUCAUCAAAAGACCAGCGGCAUUUCAAAACCAGACACAUCCUCAGAAAAGUGGAACUGGCUGGUAGAACGAUGGCGGAAAAAGCACCAGAUCUUGCUUUUAUCCCUGGUGGGUUGAUCAAUCCUUCAAAAGCUUCAUCUGCGCAAAAACCAGAGGCUCUUCGGAGGACUUCAUCUGCUCCACAGAACGAAGAGGAAAAUCGAAGAGUGCCACCAGCUACGCCAAAUCAUGAGCAGCAAGAAGACUCCCAUGGACCUGCUCCGCACCCGGCUGAAAUGUCAUGGGAGGACGUACAGCAUAUCCCGUAUGAGCAACGAACAAGAUGCUUCUUCACUACCCAGCCACAAGGGUGCUAUAAUAGUCAUUGCAAAUAUCUUCACGUCGACGAUCCCCGACUUCCCGUUGUCUCGGCCCCCGAUGGAUGGUUUGACUCACAGAAAAAAAUCUGUUUCUUCUACAAUUUAGAUGGGAAUUGCCGACGUGGUGACGCAUGUAGAGACUUACAUAAUUCGAACAGCAAUAUCCCAGUGAGGAGUCCGCCGCCUGGAUGGGUACCGCCGGCCUCGUCUGGCAAAACCAUGUCAAGAAAAUCCCAGGCGCCCCAUAGUGUAGGUGGUCCAAAAAUGGUCUGCUAUUAUUGGUACUCGGAGAAUAAUUGCAAGAAAGGGGAUGAAUGUAAAUUAGCCCAUUCAAACGACAAUGAUUUUCCCGUGGCAACGAAACCUGGUUCUAUACCAUUGAAGUCUAUUCCUUGCAAGUAUUGGAAUCAGGGCCAUUGCCAGUUGGAUAGGAAUUGUUAUUUCAAGCACGAACAGGCUCAAUAUAGUCCCGUAGUUUAUACGAGUCAUGUUGACCCAGACGUAGUCGAUCUGGGAAUUUCAAGGGAAAGAGGUUCACAGCGCCCACUGCAUAAUGCAAGAACUACUCCGGUACCUGGUGACGACGAUGCGAUAGAUGUCGAGAUGAACGCAGCGCCUGAUCUCCCUCCGCUUGAGCGAAAUCAUCAAGAGGCUGAACAGUUACCUUUUGAUAAUGACCUGAUGAAUGGGGAGGUACAAAGCGCAGGUGCCAAAAUUAAAGCAGUCACGUUUGGUCCACAAGCUCAACCUACCAACCUCGACUUUACAAGCCUUCCGACGGAUGCUUCAGAUUGGAAAAAAGCCUUCGUGAGUGCAGAGACUCUACAUUUCGAACAAAUCUGCACGGUGCAUGAUUUCAAGUCAAAAUACGGUCACAUUCAACAAUACACCUACUGGCAACAGAAUAUUAGCACCGACUCCACUGACCAAGCCGGAUGCCAUAUGGUCAAAAACAUAGCUGAAUACCUCUGCCUAUGGAUAUCUGGUUUAGCAUGUGUUAGCGACAAUUAUAUCAUUCUACUUUAUCCAGUUGCAGUCGAAGAAUGGAAGUAUUUAGAUGUAGCACCUAGCCUUCCUACCGAUGCUAAGCUGAGAUAUUUGGUAUUUGGAACUCAGAGCCAUAUACUAAGUUCCGUUGAAUCUUCGAAAAUCAACCAAAAUUCAUCAACGGAUCUUUCGUACAGAGAUAUGAUGAUGAAAAGUUUCCAUCAUCUUGAUUACGAAAAACUGAUAAUGGAUCAAAAAUCUAAGGACCAGAAAGUCAAGGACCAAAAAGUCAAGAGACUUAUCUUCAACUUUUGUUUGAUAUUUCCUGCGUCGAACCAAUCUACCGCGGAAUUGAUAGCAUCAUGGCUUAAGAGCUGCUCGAUAUAUAGCAAAAUUUACAAUUACCAAAAGCCAGGAUGCUGGAACCACUUCAGGAAAAAUGUCAACGCUGGAGCUGUACUAAUACACUCAUCUGCGCUUAGUCUGAUUUCUGACACAGACCUGGUUCAUGGUAUGACAACAGAAGGGAUGAAUUACACAUUUUGGUGCAUCCAAGAUAGCACAUCGAAGAUGCCGUUCUCCCACAUCACCCAGAAACCAGAGUUGGGCCAAAUUGUAACAAAGCGCCUGUUGCCUUUAGGAUAUGCCAUACUUCUAACACCAAGUUUCUUGGUUGCAGAACCGGUUAUGACACUUAACUUCUUAAAAUGGUAUCAGAAAAAGCUCAAAAGCUCGAUAAAUGGCUCAAUUAGAGUAUUGUGCUGCCACGAACUGCCAAAUUUCCUCAUGGAACUUUCUAUUUCCAAGGUUGAGGAGCAACAAGAACUCAUGAGAAACCUCAGUGGCGACCCAUCAAUGCUUGCUAAGCUAAGCGCGAAGGGAUUAAGCCACGAACAGUGUGAAGCGAGACUUGAUUUGUAUUGGCUUCUUUGUGAUAUGCUCCGCAAGGAUCUACCCGCUAACCUCUCCCCAUUCGACUGUGAUCCAUCCGAGGAAGAGUCGCGGAGUCCAUUACUUUUUGCCCCUCCGUCUAUUGAUCAGAAUGAUGAGAAAAAGCUAGUCGCUUGGUUUGCAGGUUGGGCCUAUGCACAUCUGGACAAAUACAGGCGAUUUUACGUCGUUGGUUCUGGGAAAUCCAAAAAAAGUGUUAAUGAUCCAGUGAGAAUGAUUCCGGAAAAGGACAUCUUCCCGCAAAAUUCCAAGGCUUUUCGAGAAGGCGGCGCAUUGGCUUGGGCUAGGCGAGGAAGGGUGCCAUUUCCUAUUGCUACUAAUUUGGAACCAUCUAACAUCAAUGUAGUUCAAUCCCAGGAAGUGGAAGCAGAAUUGAAGGAAUUUAAAUUUGAUCUCACGGACCAAUGGUAUCCUGAGUGGAGGAGAAAUACGGGUGAAGGACAGAGCACAAAUCAUAUCACAGAAUAUCGGUGGGAUCUGACGGUGGCAUACUCUGCCUUUAGUGGUUGGUUCUUUGAUUCAUAG